AUGGCCUCCAUCCUCCGUCUCUCCGCCCAGAAGGCUCCCCUCGCUUUCUCUCGAUCUUUCUCCGUCUCUGCGGCCAAGAAGGACUUGGUUCAGGACCUCUACGUCAACCAGCUGAAGUCUUACAAGCCCGCCGCCAAGUCUGCCGACGCUCACGUUGGCGCCGUUCGCUCCUUCACUGCCCCCAAAGCCCCCACCGCUCCCUCUCUCCCCACCGACCUCGCCUCCGAGCUCAGCAAGUUUGACGCCGAGGAGCCUGCUCUCGGUGCCACUGCCAAGAAGGCCUCCAACACUUCCGAGGCUUCCGAAGGCGUUGAAGAGUACCUUGCUUUCCUCGAGAAGGAUCUCCCUAAGGCUGAGGCCCACCACUAA